AUGCUUGAAGAGGAGGUUAUAUCUAUUUACAAAAAACAUCCCAAAAAAGAGAUGAUCUUCACAGACAGUGAUGUUGAAAUCUUUGAAAAUGCAACGUGUUGUUUGUUGUGCGAAGGGGCUUUCAAUGAUGAACAUAAUGACUAUAAGAAGGUUCGCGAUCAUUGUCAUUACACCGGCAAAUUUCGAGGAGCUGCACAUAACAAAUGCAACCUGUUAGCCCGACGGCCAACAUUCACUCCCGUCAUCUUUCACAACUUGGCAAACUAUGACGCUCAUCUCUUUGUCCGAAACCUCGGAGUUACAGAGGGCGACAUUGAUUGCAUUCCAAAUAAUGAAGAAAAAUACAUCAGCUUCACAAAACACAUUUUGGUUGACAAGUUUAUAAAAGAAGAAACGAAACUGAUGACCAACGAAGAACUAAAAGAAGUUGCAAAAUCACUCGGUCUUUCCAAAUUUUCAAAACUCAAAAAAGAAGAGUUGUUGAAUCUCAUAAAAGAGAAUAGUACUGAAUUCAGUGGUGAAAAAACAGUUGAAAAAGACAUACCGGUAAAGAGAGAGUUGAGGUUCAUAGAUAGUGUCAAAUUUAUGCCUGGCAAGCUUGAGGAUCAUGUCAAGAACCUCGCUAAAAAUGGUGAAUCUUUUUUUCAAAUUAUAGGAAAAUAUUACAGUGGAGAGAAACUUAAACUGUUAAUGAGAAAGGGUGAAUAUCCUUAUGAAUGGUUGGAUUCUAUCCACAAGCUAAUGGAGACUGGCGUUCCGCCGAGGGAAGCCUUCUUCUCUGUGUUAACGGGUGAGGGAAUCUCUGAAGAGGACUAUGCUCAUGUGUUGAAAGUGUGGAAAGAAUGGGGCAUGAAGACGAUGCGAGAUUAUCACAAUCUUUACAAUCGAAGUGAUGUUCUUUUGCUCGCCGAUGUUUUUGAAAACUUUAGGAAGGUUUGCAAAGGGAUUUAUGGUCUUGAUCCCUGUUGGUACUACACUGCGCCGGGAUUGUCUUGGGAUGCUUGCCUCAAGACAACAAAAGUAAAGCUUGAGUUGUUGAGUGAUAUAAACAUGUUGCACAUGUUUGAAAAAGGCAUACGUGGGGGUAUCUCAAUGAUUCCAACACGACAUUCAAAAGCCAACAACAAAUACAUGGGAGAGAAAUUUGACCCCUCUCAACCUUCAAAGUUUAUCCCAUAUCUCGAUGCAAACAACCUUUACGGUUGGGCGAUGAGUAAAAAUCUGCCGACACACGAUUUCAAAUGGGUAGAUGAGAAAGAUUUUGAAAAUUGGAAAGAUUUUCCCUGCGUUCUUGAGGUUGAUUUACUCCCCAUUGAGAAAGAUUUACACGAUUACUUUAACCACUACCCUCUCGCUCCUGAGAACUUGAUGGUUGAUAAAGUGAAAAAGCUGCUCUGCACCUUGGGUGGAAAGGAGAAGUACGUCAUUCAUCGUGAAACUCUGAAACUUUACAUGAGCCUUGGAAUGAAGAUCGGAAAGAUUCACCGCGUCAUUAAAUUCAAUGAGAGUCCUUGGAUGAAAAAGUACAUUGAUUUGAAUACAAAGAUGAGAGCCAAGGCCGACAACGAUUUUGAGAAAGAUUUUUUCAAACGCAUGAACAAUUCUGUAUACGGUAAGACGAUGGAGAACAUUCGGAAACGAGUUGAUAUAAGACUUGUCAACUCUGAAGAAAAGGCGAAGAAGUUGGCAAAUAAAGUGAACUUCAAACAUUGCACCAUAUUCUCCGAAAAUCUCUGUGCCAUUCAUAUGAGAAAGACACAAAUCACCUUCAAUAAACCUAUCUAUCUCGGAAUGUGCAUUCUCGAUCUCAGCAAGAAUCUGAUGUACGACUUUCAUUACAAUUACAUCAAAGCCAAUUAUGGAGACAGAGCAAAGCUUCUCAUGACCGACACAGACAGUCUCUGCUAUGAGAUUCAGACGGAUGACUUUUACCAGGAUAUAAAAUCAGACGUGCACAAUCUGUUUGAUACGAGUAACUUUCCGAAAGAUCAUCCUUCUGGAAUACCGACCGGUGUGAACAAGAAAGUUAUUGGAAUGUUCAAGGAUGAAGCCGGUGGAAAGAUCAUUGAAGAGUUUGUAGGUCUGAGAGCGAAGCUUUACAGCUACAAAAUGUUUGAUGAUGGAAAAGAAGAGAAAAAGUGUAAGGGAGUGAAGGAAUGUGUUGUUAAACAAACCAUCCGCUUUGAUCAUUAUAAAGAAUGUUUAUUCGGUGGUGAAAACCAACUUCGUAAAAUGGAUACCCUCAGAAGUCGGAAGCAUGAUAUAUUUAUGGAAGAGAUCAACAAAGUCGCCUUGUCUGCCAAUGAUGACAAGCGAAUCAUUCUUCUAAACUUAGUGGACACAUAUGCACCGGAGCAUUAUAAGAUUUAUGAAAUAAUUUUUAUUGAGUAA